GGGUAAUUAUGCAAAAUCCUGCCUGAGGAAUUACCAAAUAUCAUGCUUGGGCAAUUAUACAAGAUCUUUACUGGGGAAAAACAAUACCCUGACUGGCAAUUACACACAUUAUGGCUGGGUUUAAUACUACACAACCCCACAACACUGACUUGGCAAAUAAAGAACAUUCUGAAUGGGAACUGCACAAUAUCCUGAAUGAACACCUGUACGAAAUCCAGACUGGUCAUUUAUGCAAAUUUCUGACUGGCCAUCUAUGCAAAAUAUUGACUAGGUAAUUACAAAAUAUCCUGACUUUGGCAAUAAAGCAAACUCCCCGCUGGGCAUAUGACUGAUUCUGAGCACACAACAUUCUAAUUUGGCAAUUACACAACGUCUUGAAUAUGCAAUGGCAGAUAAUAGUUGGUUAUCUUCCCCUGCCAACCGACAGGUGGCGCCACUGUUCCCGGUCCAUCAGAAUCCCUUAUCGAUUAGCAUCAUUCUGAGACAAAUCAAAACAAACGUUCUUUACUUUUAAAAAAUGGAAUCUAAGUUCGGAUCAUUUACAAUUCCACAACUGAAGGCAGAAUUGAAAAAAAGGGGUGCUAGACUUUCUGGACGUAAGAAUGAAUUGGUUGAAAGAUUAGUGUCUUACGAGAGAAAUCAAAACUUUGGAAAUGUAGAGACUUUAGAGCCUGAAUACAACAUGACAUUACCAGAUCCCACAAAAUAUGCGGAUGUCAACUCGGAUUCAAAAUUUCCGAAAACAGAACUAGACAGUGUGCAUAAGUAUCUGGCACAGCAUGAGAAAACCCUGGAUAAUCGUAUUCAAAGACUAUACAAUGAGCAGUUUUUGAGAUAUUUCCGUAUGUCACCAGGACAGGAUGUUGUAUAUAUUAAAUCAAGUUGUCAUGCAGAGAUGAAGAAAGGUGUGUGUUAUACUGUAGAUGUUGAACUUAACUCUGGGGGUCAGUUAUUGAGGCACAGUGUGAAUGUGCUGCUGGUAUGGGGCCACAUGCUCACUGCAAACAUGUGUGCACAGUACUUUAUGGUGCAGUAAUGUUCUCCAGAAAAAGACAGUAAAAACGGAAGAAACAUGCACCCAAAAAUUGCAAAGUUUUCAUAAGUGUAAAAAAUAUUUAGGAAGUCCAUUAAAGGCUGAUACACUUGAUAUGCCUGGUGCAGCUGAAUUAACAAACAUUGACUUUGACCCAAGACCAGAGCAGUUUAGAAAUUCUGUUAGCUAUCAAGACCAUUUCAGCAAUGCAUGCUUGAAUUUCCCUGGCAUAUCCAAAAUGCCAAUAUUUCAAACUUUUGAACCAGCAAACACUAAAGCUGUUGCAUUAGAUCAUGACUAUUUAAAACUCUCGCCAGAAGAGAAUUUCCUUCAGAAAAUUUUCGUUACCAAAAUCAGUGAUGAAACGGUUAUUGAUAUCGAAAAAAAAACAAUUGGCCAGAGCGCGAAUAAAUUAUGGAAAGAGGAACGUACAAAGCGCCUACCAUCCUCGAUGUUUGGUAAAAUUUGCAAGUCUACUGACCGGACUGAUAAAGAUAAACUAGCCAGAUCUUUAGUUGAUACAAGAGAAAUUAAAGCGGCCGCCUUGGAACAUGGACGCAAACAUGAAACAAUCGCUAUAACAAGAUUUAUGGAAGAUACCGGCAACACUGUGCAUUCCUGUGGUUUAGUGGUCUCGAAACAAUUUCCAUUUUUAGCAUCUUCACCGGAUGGUAUUAUUAAUGCAAAGCAUAUUGUUGAAGCAAAAUGUCCUUAUUCUGCAAGAGACAAAGAUAUCACUCCUGUCACAGUGCCUUAUUUAAGUUGUAACGACCGUGGACAAUACUCUCUUAAUAUGAAUCAUAAUUACUAUUAUCAAAUCCAAGGCCAGCUAUUGUGCACUGGAGCUAAAAAAUGUUCACUGAUUAUCUGUUCAGCAGAUAACCUGAAGAUUAGGGACAUCAAAUAUUUUGAUAUUGAAAGAAAUGACACUUUCAUAUCAGAAAUGGUUGGCCAGUUAAAAACUUUCUUUGAAAGCCAUUUCAAAAUGGUCCUGCUGGAAAAACAUUUUUACAAGCCAUAUAUAGACUGAGUUCAUUGUCAUAUAUAUAUUAAGAAAACAAACACCUCUCAGAUGUUUUUAUUUGCGAUAACCUGACCUGUCUGUAAAAUCACUGCGACUAGUCAGCUAGAAUCAGAACUUUAUUUUUAUUUUUUCAAGAAUAUCUUCAGUUAAAUAGAAUACCUAUAUCAAAAAAUCAUCCUGAUUCUAUCAUUGAUAUCGAAAACCAUUUUGUGAUGUAAAAAUUAUUGAUAUAAUUUGAUUUUAUUAAAUGAGUUAUAGAUAUCAUUGAUAUCAUUAAAUUGUUUUAAAGAUAUCAAUAAAACUUGAUUUAAAAUUAAUAAUGGUACAAUGAUUAUCUAAUUAAAAAAAUUUUCUGAUAUAUUUGAAUACAUUUGAUA